CGGCGCACUCUCGCUCAGAAGAGCCGCAGUCUCGAAAGCGCCAAGGCUGUGUUUCGGUAAUCUUUGGCCAGCCUCUCCCGCGAGGCCGGCGUCGCAGGACUGCACCCGGGCGGGGACGCCCACCGGGCACGGGACGGAGCCACGAUGCCGAUUAAUAAAUCAGAGAAGCCAGAAAGCUGUGAUAAUGUGAAGGUGGUGGUUAGGUGCCGACCCCUCAAUGAGAGGGAGAAGUCCAUGUGCUACAAGCAGGCCGUCAGUGUGGACGAGAUGAGGGGAACCAUCACUGUGCAUAAGACUGAUUCUUCCAAUGAACCUCCAAAGACGUUUACUUUUGAUACAGUUUUUGGACCAGAGAGUAAACAACUUGAUGUUUAUAACUUAACUGCAAGACCUAUUAUUGAUUCUGUUCUUGAAGGCUACAAUGGGACUAUUUUUGCAUAUGGACAAACUGGAACAGGCAAAACUUUUACCAUGGAGGGUGUUCGAGCUGUUCCUGAACUUAGAGGAAUCAUUCCAAAUUCAUUUGCUCACAUAUUUGGUCAUAUUGCAAAAGCAGAGGGUGAUACAAGAUUUUUGGUUCGAGUAUCUUACUUGGAAAUAUAUAAUGAAGAAGUUCGUGACCUUUUGGGCAAGGAUCAGACACAGAGGUUAGAGGUUAAAGAAAGGCCUGAUGUGGGUGUCUAUAUCAAAGAUUUAUCAGCUUAUGUGGUAAAUAAUGCCGAUGAUAUGGAUAGAAUUAUGACACUAGGCCACAAAAACCGCUCUGUUGGCGCGACUAACAUGAAUGAGCACAGCUCGCGCUCCCAUGCCAUCUUUACGAUCACUAUUGAAUGCAGCGAGAAAGGCGUGGAUGGCAACAUGCACGUCAGGAUGGGGAAGCUCCACCUGGUAGAUCUUGCUGGUUCAGAAAGACAAGCAAAAACUGGAGCCACUGGACAGCGCCUCAAGGAAGCUACAAAAAUCAAUCUUUCACUUUCCACCCUUGGUAACGUGAUCUCUGCCUUGGUUGAUGGAAAAAGCACUCAUGUGCCUUAUCGUAACUCUAAAUUGACCCGUCUUCUUCAGGAUUCCUUAGGAGGAAAUUCAAAGACCAUGAUGUGUGCAAAUAUUGGGCCAGCAGAUUACAAUUAUGAUGAAACUAUCAGCACAUUACGGUAUGCUAAUCGUGCUAAGAAUAUUAAAAAUAAAGCUAGAAUUAAUGAAGAUCCAAAGGAUGCUUUGCUGCGUCAAUUUCAGAAAGAAAUAGAAGAACUGAAAAAAAAGCUUGAAGAAGGUGAAGAAAUAUCAGGCUCUGAUAUCAGUGGGUCAGAAGAGGAUGACGAUGAAGAGGGUGAGGUGGGAGAAGAUGGAGAGAAAAGGAAGAAAAGAAGGGGCAGUAGCAGCAGCAGUAGUUCAGACUCCACAUGUUCUGUCAUAGAGAAACCUCUGGAUAAGUUCUUGCCUAGUAAAAAGAAAGUUUCCCCAGAUAAGAUGGUUGAAAUGCAAGCAAAAAUUGAUGAAGAGAGAAAAGCACUUGAAACAAAGCUUGACAUGGAAGAAGAAGAAAGAAACAAGGCUCGAGCUGAGUUAGAAAAGCGGGAGAAAGACCUUCUUAAGGCCCAACAGGAGCAUCAGUCUUUACUAGAGAAACUAUCCGCACUGGAGAAGAAGGUAAUUGUUGGGGGUGUUGAUUUGUUGGCAAAAGCUGAAGAACAAGAAAAACUCCUUGAAGAAUCGAACAUGGAGCUGGAAGAGAGGAGGAGGAGGGCGGAGCAGCUUCGCAGAGAACUGGAGGAGAAAGAGCAAGAACGCUUGGAUAUUGAAGAAAAAUACACCAGUUUGCAAGAGGAAGCGCAGGGAAAGACCAAGAAAUUAAAGAAAGUUUGGACUAUGCUGAUGGCUGCGAAGUCAGAGAUGGCUGAUCUCCAACAAGAACAUCAGAGAGAAAUCGAAGGCUUACUAGAGAACAUUCGACAACUUAGCCGGGAGCUUCGACUUCAGAUGCUUAUUAUUGAUAACUUCAUACCUCAGGAUUAUCAGGAAAUGAUUGAGAACUACGUCCACUGGAAUGAAGACAUAGGAGAAUGGCAGCUGAAAUGUGUUGCCUACACAGGAAAUAACAUGAGGAAGCAGACUCCAAUUCCUGAUAAAAAAGAGAAAGAUCCCUUCGAAGUGGACCUUUCCCACGUGUAUCUCGCCUACACGGAGGAGAGCCUGCGGCAGUCCUUGCUGAAACUGGAGCGGCCGCGGACGUCCAAGGGCAAGGCCAGGCCAAAGACCGGCAGGAGAAAGCGUUCUGCAAAGCCUGAAACCGUCAUCGACUCUUUACUUCAGUGAAUGUUACAGACUUCAAGUCUCCAUAAAAAUCAGUGAUAGCCUCACACCUGGACAAGUAUUUAAUUAAAACACUGAAGACUUUUGUGUAAUUUCAAAGAACGAAAGCUGUAAAUCACGGACUAAGACUGGAACUAGUAAUUUGUCUAAUAACUUUUAGUCUAUAUAUAAGUUAAUAUAUUAAAAUUGCAUAACUGGUAAUUGUUCACAUAGUCCUAUUACUCUUCAAUUUAUACAGUGCAGGGAAGUUGGGGGAGCAGCGCCUGCUAUAGAGAGUUGCAGCUUAAAUGCAUCCAUAAAUCUGCUAGUAAUUUACUCAACUACUGUAUAGUUACGUAACUGGAUAUUCAAAAUAGAAAAAAAUGUGUGUUCUGUCCUGCACACAGACAGUAGCAGUUCUGAUUGUCCUGCGUUGUGCUGUUACAGAUGAGCGUGUGGGCUGCGUAUCUAAGAAAUGGUUCAGUCCUAACACCCGCCUGGUCUGUUUCCAUAGCUCUAAUUUUUAUACUAUCAGUUAUUGCUUUCUAAGUACCAGAUGAUCUGCACAAAAUCCAUAAUUUGAUAGUCAGUCUUUAGAAAUAUACAUGUUUAAAAAACAAAAGUUGAAAAUAUAUUUCAACUAGAUCUCUCAUGACCUUUUUUGCCUUUUUGAGUUUAAGUCAAAUAUACUUUUUUUGUUUUGAUUUCAUGUUCUCUUGAAACAUUGAGUUUGUACCUAACUAUAACGGAGUUACAGUUGCAGAAAAUUCAGAAGCUAAAUACUGGUCACUAAACUUUGCCCGUAUGUGUAUAUUUUUAAAAAUUCAUUUUGAAGUGUGAUUAAUGGAUGCUUCCCUCUGAGUUCUAAAUUUUUUAUGAAAGUUGCUGCAUAUCUCCCAAUUGAGAAAGUCUCCAUUUUCCAGAAAAUGCAGCCAAAACAAGGAAAAUAGAUUUUAACUCUUUGCCUGUAAAAUUGUUUUGUUCUUUCUUCAUAACUUACGAAAAUAGUCUUCCAUUGACAAAUCUAGUUAGACCUUCUUCCUCUAAAAAUAAAAAUAAUUUUUAUUUUAUAGUAAAAUAAGCUGUAAUAAAUAGUAUUGUGAUUUCCUUGUCAGCUGCUUACACAAUUUUUAUUUCUUUGAGCAUUAUGUUACACUUAUAGCAAUUAAUCAUCUUUUGUGGAUUUUACAACAAAUUAGUAUUAAAUUCACGUUAUUUUAAGAAGGUGGGUGACAUACUGGUUCAUUGUUGCAAAGCUGUGUGUAGGGUGGGGGCGACGAGAGGAGGCGGACUUCUGAGGCGGUAGGAAGAAUGCGCUCACAAAUUUCAAGUGCGCUCCGGAGGUGUGCGCCGAACGUCCUGUGUGUGGUGUGUAUUUGCUAGGCAAUAAGCACUGCAUUUAACUGGCAGCGUUUUCUUUGUAAUGUGUAAGAUAGAAGUUUAUAGCUUUACCCUGUGAGGCACCGUUUCUGUACUGUGAAGACUUGAGGUGGACUUGUGUCUUGUCAGAGCUUUGUGUGAGCAGAAUGUCUUGGCAACUGUAGAUGCACCUUUCACUCUGGUAGUAAUUACUCUAGCGAAAUCUUCUUCUUUUUAAAAGUUCAUGUUUCUAGCCUUUAGCCGUCCAGUUCCUAAGAGAGGAGUAACUUAUACAUUAGCUCUAAAACAUUACAGAAAACUUAAGCCAAUGUGUUAGGUUUUUUCUAUUCCACUCCACUGCAGUAACACAGAGAAACUGAAAAGAAGUCAAAGCCUGGAGAAAUUUUAAGAACAGGCUGCUUUGGCAGUGUUUCGUUUUGGUUUUUUUUUAAACAACAUUUACAUUAGAAUUGAUAGAACUGAUUAUACCAGAUGGGCAAUAAAUAUUCAUCUUACGAAAUACCAAAAUUAGACGUGUGAGGCAGG